UUGGGCCCAAUAGUUAUGAUUUUUAGCCCAUUUAUAGUCUCCUCCACCUCAUGUUCAUUUCUGCAAGCGAUUUUUCAUCAGCAGCCAGACGCACUUUGCCGAUCUACCCAUCAACGAGGUUUCUCUUCCUCUAUUAUCUUUUUCGAUUCGUGUAGCAACCCACAGUCUCGAGGAGGAUACUUACUUGUUCAUAAAAUGGCAACCAGAAGCGCUUUCAGAUUAGUGUCUCGCAGGUUCUCUAACGGAAAAGUUCUUAGCGAAGAGGAGAAAGCUGCUGAGAAUGUUUUCAUCAAGAAAAUGGAGCAAGAGAAGCUUGAGAAGAUAGCUAGACAGGGUCCGGGAGAACAAGCAGCAAGUGGAGGAGCCAAGGCUAGUGGUGGUGGUGGUGGAACAUCAUCAGCUGAAUCAGGGCCAAAAGUGUCAGAAGACAAGGACAGAAACUAUGCGGUUGUGGCAGGUGUGGUCGCUGUUGUUGGAGCCAUUGGUUGGUAUAUGAAAUCAGGUGGAAAGAAGCAGCAGCCAGAGGUUCAAGAGUGAAGAAUGAUGGGAGUAGCGAGUGAAUAAAACAGAGAGUGGUAUCUUUUACUAAUUCCUCUCUUAUGAGAAACUUUGGAAUGGCUACUACUCUCUCUUUUCUUUUGGUUUUGGUUUCCAAAUCUUUUUCGGUUUGUUGACAUUUAGUUUUGGAACCUUAACUACAUAAACCUUCUGCUCUGAUCAGAACAAGUGAAAAUUCUCAAGA